AUGUCGACACAAUCGGCCUUCGGUUCCAUACCAUCCGAACUCUUCAUUGCUAUUAUUUCAUAUCUAUCAGUCAAAGACAUUGGGAGUCUCUCCUUGGCCUCAAAGCCCUUCCGUCGUCUCACCAUUGUCCAGCUUUUCCGCAAUAUAAAACUCAAUCCAGAAUCGAUCCUAGCUUUUCAAAGCGGUGGUAGGCUCAGCAAUAUUGGGAGUCGAGUCGAACAGCUCGUCUUGGAUACUGCGAAUAGUGGCGUCAGGGGUCCUAAUGAUAUCUGCACAUUCACCCGCUCCUGUAUCGAAAACACCGAUCUUGAUGCUGCAUUCCCCAAUGUUAAGGGUAUCAAGCUUGUGUUCUCGCCGGAGAUGAGUUCGCCAUCUGGAAGUUUUCUAAUGGAUCAACGGAUAUUACGGUCUACGUUGCUUGGAUUCUCGAAGUUUUCGUUUUAUGAGAAGCUUAGGAGUUUAGUUUUUGAAGUGGAUACGUUUGGCGGGGGCGCUUUGGAUUCGAAUAUUCGCUUUGAUGCGAAUAAUUACUAUCGAUUAUCACCGGAAAACUGGGGGUUUGUGGGUACCCUUGGUUGGGGAUUUGAUGACGAAUAUAGUUAUGAUUUACCGGAUGCGUGGAGGGAUAUAGAUGGUAACGCGGCGAAAUUAUUUCCAAUUUCCUUGAAAGAGUUGGGGUUGGUUACUCCUUUCAGGCCACGAUAUUGUAAUUUUAUCGCCGAUGCGAUAGGACCUGGGAUUCUUCGCGCUAUUAUCCCUAUAUCGAAGAAUUUGGAGAAAUUGGAGGUUUUGGCGAUACCGCCGUUUAUUCUGUUCUCUCUGGCUGCACCUGUGGCUCCGAUUUUUCCGGAGAGUGAGGAUGUUGUUUAUGAGAAUGUUAGGGAGUUUAGAUUGGGGAUUGAUACGGAGAGAUAUCAUGAAAGACUUGAGGAGGCGGUUAGGAGGGUUCCUAAUGUUGAGAAGUUUGAGUUGGUAUGUUCGACUGCUAUUGGGUUUCAUAUUUCGGCGAGGAGGGAUCAGCCUUCCAUACGGUUUGCGCAAAUGGCGGUAUUGUCUAAAUUAAAGAAGGUAAGCAUCGAAGCACCGAUGAGGGAUGAAAUUGAAAACCUCGAAACGGUGGCGAGAAGAGGACCGAGAAAUGAGUCUCUUCCCGCGGGGAAAUUGACUAUUUCGGCGGUGAUAGAGGCGGUUACGUUUUGGUUGAGGUCUGGGAUGGAUAGAUUGGAGACCGUGGAGUUUAGACUUUAUUUUAUACCGAAGAAUCGGUUGAAUGAUAUCCUUGAGAUGUUGGAGUUAUGGUGUGAUGUUUUGAGGGAUGAAAGGGGGAAUUGGAGACUAGAGUGGAGGAGUUUGAGGAGGAAUUUUGAGAAUGGGAAGGUUGAGAAAGGGAGGUUUGGGAGUGGGAUGGGGUUUGAUAGAGAGGUUUAUUUGGAGACCGGGGAGAGUUAA